AUGACGGUAGGCAUAGAUACAUCUGGCUCAAUCUUUGUAAUAUAUCUUUCUUUUCUUUCUUCCCUUUUUUUACUUUUGUUCAUUUCUUUUUCUUUUCUUAUUUUUAUUUCUGAAUCUAAUUUCCCUAUUUUUCUGGUUUUUAUUUAUUUUUCUUUGAACAGUUCAUUUUUUUUUCUUUAUUUGUCAUCUUUAAUAACAUUUUCAUUUCUUUUUUUAUUCAUAUUUCUUCUAUCACUCUCAUAUCCUUUCUUUUUAUUACUUUAUUUCUUUCUGUCUUUCGUUCUUUUUUUCUCUUUUUUUUUUUGUUCAUUUAUUUAUCAUUUUAAAGUAUGUUCCUUUCAUUUAAUCUCUUUCUUUCUUGCUUGCUUUUUCUUUCUUCUUUUGACCUUUGAUUUAUCCAUUUUUGGAGUUUUCUUCCUUUCUUUUUUUACCUCUCUUUCUUUCUUUCUUUAUUUAUUUUUUUAUUUUUAUUUUUUUUCUCCUCCUUUCUUUCUAUCUCUCUUUCUUUCUCUUGUUUUGUCCAUUGAUUUAAUCUUUUUUCGGAGCCUAAUCCUUUCCUUUUCUCACUUUCUUCCUUUCUUUCUUUCUCUUUUCCCUCUUUUUUUCUUUUUAUUUAUCCCUUUUUGGAUUUUCUUUUUUCUUUUUAUUCCUUUUCUUAAUUUCUUUUCUAUCUUGAUUUAUCCUUUUUGUGUGUCUUUCUUUCUUUCUUUUAGUUAUUUUGGCCUUGUAUUCAUGCUUUGUUUUUUUGCUUUUUUUUUGCUUUUUUUUUGUUUUUUGGGCUGGGGAGGAUAUUCUUCUUUCUUUUUAGUACUUUCUUUUUCUUUUAUUUAUAUUUUUGGGGUAUUUCCAUCUUUCUUGUUUUUCCUUCCGUUAUUUUCUUUUUCUUUCACUCUUGUCAGUCUUUCCCUUCCUCGUCGGCGUAACCUGUUUCAUAUUUCUUUUUUUUUUUUUUCUUUUUUUUUUCAUUUUCUUGCUUUUUCUUCACCGCUUUCUCCUUGCAUUCAUUUUUUAGUUUCUAUCUUUUCUUUUCUAUUUUGUUUGUCUUUCUUCAUUUUUCUCUUUAUCCUUCUCUCUCUUCUGGCUUUCACACUCAUUCCGUCUUGUAAUAUUUUCUUACUUUUUUAUGUUUUUUCUUUACUCCUCGUUCAUUCUCUUUGUCCCUUUUUUUAUCUUCCUUUUAUGACUUUUAAAAUUUUUCCCGCCCAUUCUUUUUUCUCUCUUUCGUUUUUCUUUCUUUUCUACAUUUCCUUUUCCUUCAUCAACCACGCCUUUCUAUGCUUCAAUGGACUUGUCACUCAUGAUUUUAUAAAGUUUUCUUGA